AAAGCUGACUAGGAUUGAAAGGAAAGGGUAGAGAAUCAAAAAAGAGAGAAAGAGCGCAAAAGAAAAAAAGAAAGAAAAAGGAGAGGAAAAGAAAAGAAAAUCUUUCCCUUCAAGGCCACAAACAAAACUUGUGGUUGAGGAUUGAUGCUGUCGCUGACGUGGCAACACCAACCUGCCUAAACGGAUCAAAAACGUAGAACCAAAGACACAAAAGACAUAGACACAGACACACACGUUGUCAGAUCUCUCACUUUCUCUCUCUAAAACAUUUGGAAAAAAGAAAAACUUUACAGCUUUAUUUGUCAAUUUUUGGUUUUUGGGUUUUUGUUUUGGUUCUGGUUUUAGUUUUAGUUUUGCUAUCCUUAAAAAAGAAAAAGAAAAGAACAGACGAGCAGAAAUGUCGGAGCCGAAAGACCCGGCAAUCAAGCUAUUUGGAAAGAUGAUUCCCUUUCCAGAGAUCUCUACAAGUACUGCUGCUGCCGCCUCUGCUACUACUUGUUCUGCUGAUGAUGAUUGUCAAGAUCGGGAGCGUCCAUCUUGUGCAAGUUCUUCUCUUGAAGAGGGUGAUACUACAGGUGAUGGAGAAGAGAGAGAAAGUGAUAAGGAUGCAGAGGGAGAAACACUGGCAGAAAGUAAACAGGAAAAUGGAUCCGAGGAGUCAUCAAAUCCAGAUUCGAUUUCAGGGAUAACUGAGAACCCUAAAACAUCUUCUGUAGAAAAAGACGACACAUCAAAAACUUCAAAGACAGAGGAAGAGCAGAGUGAUACAAGUAAUUCACAAGAAAAGACUCCAAAAAAACCUGAUAAGAUCCUUCCAUGCCCUCGCUGUAAUAGCAUGGAUACCAAGUUCUGUUACUACAAUAACUACAAUGUGAAUCAACCCCGACACUUCUGCAAGAAUUGCCAGAGAUAUUGGACAGCUGGGGGGACUAUGAGGAAUGUGCCUGUUGGUGCUGGGCGUCGUAAAAACAAGAAUUCAGCUUCUCAUUACCGUCAUAUAACUGUCUCUGAAGCUCUCCAGAAUGUUCAAAAUGAUAUUCCAAAUGGCAUCCACCAUCCUGCACUUAAAAGUAAUGGGACAUUCCUCACCUUUGGCUCAGAUACUCCACUUCAUGAAUCAGUGGCUUCUGCGUUAAAUCUUGCUGAUAAAACUGUGCAGAAUUGCACAAGAAAUGGGUUUCAUAAACCUGAAGCAUUGAGGAUUCCAGUUUCUUAUGCAGGUGUAGAACAUGGGGAUGCUCAUUCAAAAGGAUCUUUAGCCACAGCAUCCAAUUCAAAAGAUGAAGCAAGCAAAAGUGGGCCACAAGCUACAGUGAUACAAAAUUGUCAGGGCUUUCCACCUCAAAUACCAUGUUAUCCUGGCACUCCUUGGCCUUAUCCUUGGAAUUCAGCUCAGUGGAGCUCACCAGUACCACCAACUGCUUUCUGUCCGCCAGGAUUUCCUAUGCCAUUCUAUCCUACGACGGCUUACUGGGGUUGCACUGUACCAGGUACUUGGAACAUGUCAUGGAUUCCUCAGCCACCUUCUCCCAACGAAACUGCAUCAACAUCUGGCCCUAACUCUCCAACCUUAGGGAAACAUUCAAGGGAUGACAACAUGCUCAAACCAAGCAACUCUGGUGAAACGCCAGAGAAAGAAAAGAGCGCUGAAAGAUGCCUUUGGAUUCCGAAAACAUUGAGAAUUGAUGACCCUGGAGAAGCUGCAAAAAGCUCCAUAUGGACGACGCUUGGGAUUAAGAAUGACAGACCUGAUUCAAUUGGCGGACGAGGACUAUUUAAGGCCUUUGAAUCAAAAGGCAAUGAAAAGAAUCACGCUGCUGAAACUUCCUCAGUAUUACAGGCCAAUCCUGCAGCAUUGUCUCGAUCACUCAAAUUCCGUGAAAGCUCAUAAUUAGGGUAACUCACAAACUUGUAUUUGUCUCUAAUGUUGCAUACAGAUUGGGUUGUUUUGGCUGACUAGUCAUGUAAACUAAAGUCAUAUUUGAUUCACAAGCAUCGAUUGCAAGAAUCAGUUCUAAAUGCAGUCAUGUUGAGAGGGAGAGCCUAGGAGAAGAUUAGAAGUAGCCAGUGAAACUACUUAUGUUUUGAUUGGGUGUUAGUUCAGGCAGGUGUCUUUUUGUUUCAGUUAGAUGGUUUGCUAAAGUUCAUGUACAUAUCUAUAUUUAUAUGAAAUGUUGAGAGAAUGAGAGUUUAGGGGGGAGGGGGAGGUUGAGUUUGUGUACCAUAAUCCCAGUUGUACUAAAAUAAUUUUGGGAAAUGAAAUCCAGCUUCUUUUUGUUGGCAUUUUAUUCUCCUCAUAAAUUGCAAAAGAAAAAAAAAGGCAUCUUCCUUUA